AUGAGUGUCCAGGCCUCUGAAGACUGUGCUGGUCAGGAAGCUGGGGUGUUUGACCUAGAAAAUCUGCAAAGGUAUGAAGAAGAUGGCAGAUUGGACAGUGAGUUGGAGAAUUCACAGGACCUGGAAACUCCUGGAAUCCCAUCUCUACAUGCCAAGGCCCCUUGGGGCCCUCAGGAGCAGCAGUCUCCAUGCCACCUGCUGACGGUGCACAUCAUCCGCAUGAAGAAUGUGCGACAGGCUGAUAUUUUGAGCCAGACCGACUGCUUUGUGAGCCUCUGGCUGCCCACUGCCUCCCAACAGAGGCAGAGGACCAGAACCAUUUCCAACUGCCACAAUCCAGAGUGGAAUGAAACCUUUGGCUUCAAGAUUCAGGGACAAGUAAAGAAUGUCCUGGAACUAAGUGUGUGUGAUGAAGACUCAUUGUCACCAGAUGAUCACCUCCUGACGAUCCUGUAUGACAUCACCAAGCUCUGCUUCCGGAAAAAAACCCACGUCAAAUUCCCACUCAACCCAGAGGGCAUGGAAGAACUGGAAGUGGAGUUUCUGCUGGAGGAGAGCCCUGAUUCUCCGGAGACCAUCAUCACCAACAGCGUGCUGGUGUCUCGACAAGUCUCCCGCCUGGACGUUUGUGCAGAAUCCAGGAGGAGAAAAAAGCUGGGGAAAAGUAAAGACCUUCUGGUGACUGUAAAGGAAUCCUUCGAGCACACCCAACGCAUCUCAAACUGCCCCAACCCUGCCUGCUUCCACUAUCCCCAAUACUUCCAACCCCAUAUGCACGUGGAGCAACCCAAGCGCUCUUGGAGAUGUGAGCUCUGCUGCUGCGCGGUCAGGAAGGAUCCUGUCUGCCAGCCCCUCGGUGGCCUCUGUGACAAUGAGGUCAAGACCCUGCCUGUGAGUGACAACUGUAAAUUGCACAUGAAGUCUACAACCUGCCUUCCACCACUGGACGUGCGGCUGGGCUUUAGCUUAUGCCAGGCUGAAGAAGAGUUCCUGCAGAAGCGGGAUGCAGUGGUGGCCCAGGCGCUGAAAAAAGUGCUGCAGCUGGAGGAGGACCUGCAGGUCAAUGAGGUCCCACGUAUCGCCAUCAUGGCCACAGGGGGUGGCACCCGCUCCAUGUCUUCCAUGUAUGGCCACCUGCUUGCGCUGCAGAAACUGAACAUGAUUGACUGCUCCAGCUACAUCACCGGCCUGUCGGGGGCUACCUGGACCAUGGCCACCCUGUACCGUGAUCCUGACUGGUCCUCCAAAAACCUGGAGCUUGCCUUGCUGGAGGCACGAAGGCAUGUGGUCAAGGACAAGCUGCCAGCCCUAUACCCUGAACAGCUCUCCAUAAUGCGGGAGAAGCUCCAGCAACGCAGCCAGGAGGGCUACAAGGUCACCUUCACAGACUUCUGGGGUCAUCUCAUUGAGUCCUGUCUGGGAGAUGAGAGUGAAGACUGCAAAUUGUCGGACCAGCGGGCCGCUCUGAACCAGGGUCAGAACCCCCUCCCCAUCUACCUCACCAUCAACGUCAAGGAUGAUGUCAGCAAUCAGGACUUCAGAGAGUGGUGCGAGUUCACCCCCUAUGAGGUGGGAAUGCAGAAGUAUGGGGCCUACAUCCCAAGCGAGCUCUUCGGUUCUGAGUUCUACAUGGGACGGCUGAUGAGGAAGAUCCCAGAGUCCAAUAUAUGCUACAUGCUAGGUCUCUGGAGCAGUAUCUUCUCCUUGAACCUGCUUGAUGCCUGGAACCUGAGUCAAACCUCAGAGGAGUUCUUCCACAGGUGGACACGGGACCAUGUGCACGACAUUGAGGACGAGCCAAUCCUGCCUGAAGUCCCCAAAUGUAAUCCUAAUGUCCUAGACACCACAGUAGUGGUCCCAGCCACAUGGCUGUCUGACACUUUCCGCAGCAUCCUCACCAAGCGAAUUUUUGUGUCUGAGUUCCACAACUUCCUGCUAGGGCUGCAGCUACACAAAGACUACCUCCAUAACAGCCAGUUCUCCAAGUGGAGAGACACAAUGCUGGAUGGAUUCCCAAAUCAGCUGACUCCAUCUGCAAAACACCUGUGCCUGCUGGACACUGCAUUCUUCGUCAACUCCAGCUACCCACCCCUCCUCAGGCCCGAGAGAAAGAUUGACCUCAUCAUUCACCUCAACUACUGCGCAGGCACCCAGACAAAGCCCAUGCAGCAGACAUGCGAGUACUGUUCAACACAGAAGAUCCCAUUUCCUAAGUACACGCUGCAGGGCGAGGAGGACCACCUGAAGGAAUGCUACCUCAUGAAGGACUCUGAAGAUCCACAUGCCCCCAUUGUCGUCUUCUUCCCACUCAUCUGUGACACCUUCCAAAAGUACAAGGCACCUGGUGUGGAACGGAGCCCUGAGGAGCUGGAACAGGGCCAGGUGGACAUCUAUGGCAGACACACACCCUAUGCCACCAAGGAGCUGACGUACACAGAAGCAAACUUUGACAAGCUGGUGAAGCUCUGUGAGUACAACAUCCUGAACAACAAGGACACGCUCUUGCAGGCUAUGCGUCUGGCCGUGGAGAAGAAGCAGCUGAAUAACCAGUGUCCCCCUUAA